CUCUCCACCCCCCGACGCCAUGGGGAACAUCUCGUCCAACAUCUCGGCCUUCCAGUCGCUGCACAUCGUCAUGCUGGGCUUGGACUCGGCGGGCAAGACGACGGUGCUGUACCGGCUCAAGUUCAACGAGUUCGUCAACACCGUGCCCACCAUCGGCUUCAACACGGAGAAGAUCCGGCUGAGCAACGGCUCGGCCAAGGGCAUCAGCUGCCACUUCUGGGACGUGGGCGGCCAGGAGAAGCUGCGCCCGCUCUGGAAGUCCUACAGCCGCUGCACCGACGGCAUCAUCUACGUGGUGGACUCGGUGGACGUGGACCGCCUGGAGGAGGCCAAGACCGAGCUGCACAAGGUCACCAAGUUCGCCGAGAACCAGGGCACCCCCUUGCUCGUCAUCGCCAACAAGCAGGACCUGCCCCGCUCCCUGCCCGUGGCCGACAUCGAGAAGCAGCUGGCCCUGGCCGAGCUCAGCCCGGCCACCGCCUACCACGUCCAGCCCGCCUGCGCCAUCAUCGGCGAGGGCCUCACCGAGGGCAUGGACCGCCUCUACGAGAUGAUCCUCAAGCGCCGCAAGAGCCUCAAGCAGAAGAAGAAGCGGUAGGGG